AUGAGGUUUACCUUCAAGUCCCCCUUGGGAGCUUUGUUCAAGUUUAAGCCUGCGAAGUUCAAUUACCAGUUGGAGCAAGAUAUACGCCAAAAGUUGGACUCUUUGUCUUCGGUCACCAAAAUCUACACUAACCCUGACGGCACUCCUCGUGUACCCAGCGACCAAGAAUUCAAGACUAUUGCCGAACUUCAGAACUUAUACUACCAGAGAAAUCAUUCUGAGUGGAACUUUAUUCUCCCAGGAAUCCCAAGAGAGCAAUUGAACUUGUACAAAGAUAAUAGUCAGGACUUAAAGAACUUUCAAUUUGUCACCAAAGAUGCUGGAAAGAUCAUCGACAAGAUACCAUACAAAGACGACACCACUGGAGAAUUAAAGUGGAAAAUAGUGAGAGAAACAGAGAAGGCUGAGGGUUGGGAAUUCCCUUACUUCUACUUGGUGUUGCCCAUCUUUGCCUAUGUGGCAUACUCUAAAUACACGGCUCUGAUGCGCAGAAGAGAGCUCGAUGGACCCGACUGGGCCGAAAAGGAGUUGCGUUUGAGAGCAAUGGAAGACUACUUCCAUGGAGACACCGAAAAGGCUAAGCAAUUCUUGAGUGAUGAGGGUAAGUCACAAAGAGAAAUCAGAGACAGAGAUGAUUUGGUGGUGGCCAGAAUCUUGGGUGGAGAUUACGACAAGUUGGCCGAGUUGAAGAAGAAAUUGCCCAAAGAUGUGAUUCCAAAACCGGAGGUGAACCCCAACUUGAAGAUUUAG